GGUGGUUUGUGCUCCCGUAAACAAAGGCCCAUAUGGCGCUAGAGCGCCUGAGUCAGCCGGAAAGUGGCCGCUCUCGUUCACUCUUUGGUUCAAAGCUGCGACAGCCGCCUCAGUCUUCUUCCCACAGCAACCUCCUCGCCGCCGAUAGCCACGCUUCAGGGCGAGUAUUUCGACCAGAGCACAUUCCGCAUCCUCCCGCCCCCCACUAAGUCGAAAUCCUUCGACCCGCGGAAAAGAAGGCGCAGCCACGAUGGCAUCUCCCUCCAGCUACGAAAACGACCAGAAGCAGGACGACAGCAAGAAGAUUCUCUUCCGCUUCUGCUCAGAAUGCUCCAACCUGCUGUUCCCCCGCGAAGACAAAGCCGAGAACAAGCUGCUAUUCGCCUGCCGGACGUGCUCUUUCGCAGAGGAAGCGCCCUCUUCAUGCGUCAUGCGCCACGAAAUCGCAUCAACAGUCGGAGACACGGCCGGCGUCACCUCAGACAUUGGGCAGGAUCCUACGGUUGGUCUCUCCCGUUCACUUUCCCACACCAGCCUCGGCGAAGCAUUUCCGACGCUUUGCACCAUGUGCGGCCAGGACAUUGUCUGCGAGGAAUGCGGUGAGGAGUCGGCUCCGGGCCUGGUGCUCGAGACCGAAGAUGAACACGAGCUGCACACGAAUGCCCAGCUCGGAGUUGACAAGCAAUCCUCAAAGAAAUGAGCAUUCUCGCACGUUGCUUCGUCGCUUGCCUGCUCGUCUUUGACGCUGCUUGCUGACUCUGCUCGCAUCUAGUUGCCGCGCGUCCAGAAAGCGUGCCCCAGCUGCGGCGAGCACGACGUCGUGUUCUUCCAGUCCCAGCAGCGAACUGCUGACACUGGCAUGAAACUGUACUUUGUGUGUGUAACGUGCGGUCACGUCUGGCAGUGAAG